AUGAAUAAACUGUUUGCAGUGGUGGCAACCGUUGUGGCAACGUUUUUAAUUGUUCAACAAGGGUUGGCCAUUAAAUGUUUUGUGUGCAACUCCUUCCACCAAGCGGAUUGUUCUGAUUGGUUUGACAACGUUACUCAGCAUCUGGUAGCUUGUGAGGAUUGGCAGCCAAAAUGUCGAAAAGUUGUCCAAGAAGUGUGGAUGGAAGACCAUUGGGAUGUCCGAUAUAUUCGCCAGUGUGCGGCAGGGGGUACCAUUGGAGCCUUUGAAGGCAGAAUAUGUGAGGAGAUGUACGGUACAUACAACAUUCGGGUGCGCCACUGUCACUGUGAUAACCAAGAUGGAUGUAACAGUGCCGGACGCCAUACGGCUCUGUUUUCACUUGCGCUUCCUGUUUUGUUGACUCUCGCUAUCACAUUUCAAAGGAUCAUAAGCUGA